AUGACCGAACCCCACGAACCCACGCAAAAAUUGCGUGGCAACUGCCACUGUACUGCGGUUGUGUACGUCGUCUACUUUCCAGAACCCAGGAAAGCCACACAGUGCGGUUGUGACUUAUGUGUCAAAAAAGCAAACAUAUGGUUGUCUGCCAGCCGGAGUGAGGUCACCUUUGUCAAAGGGGACGAGAGCUCUCUGACGAGCUACACCAUCGGUGCUGAAGAUACCAUUUAUAAGUUCUGCGGUAUUUGCGCUACUUCUGUGAUGGCGACCAGUUCGUCUGAUACACAGAUAGCCUUUAAUGCGCGGACAUUCCAAGCCCUUGAUGUCAAGAAUUUGAAGCUGGAAGAGGUUGAUUAUGUUGGGCACAGCUCUUCUCAACAACGCUCUAUCUUGAAAACUGCCGAAACUUCUCCUCCUCUGGACAGCCCAAAUGUUUAUACAGGAGGCUGCCACUGCGGAGCCUUGACACUUCGCCUGCGUAGCAUCCCUCUGGAUAGAACCUACAAAGGACUCGUGUUAGAAUGCAACUGCAGAGUUUGCGAGAUGAACGGGUAUGUCUGGGUAUACCCUAAUGACGAAAACGUCGACUUGAUAGGAGACGAAAAGGACAUUGGUCGAUACAAGUUCAGCCACAACAUUCUCUGGAAAUCAUUUUGCAACACUUGCGGAGUGUUCCUCACAAACAACCACAACAUCCUGUCGAAGGAAGAGCAUGAUGACUUGCCUGACAAUGCAAAGUUUUGGCAUGAAAAGUCCAAGGGGGGGACGCCAGUUAAUGCUCGAGUUCUAGAAGACAUCGACCUUGAACUCCUUCACCGGAUGUCUGUCAAGUUUGAUGGGAAGAACAUCCAUCAGCCCCCAUAUUCUCAUCCGUGA